CCUUUACUUCCAUGGGUGCCCUCUGUAACAAGCGGAGGUCUUUGGGAAAAGCCAAGGGGGAAGAAGGGGUCCAGGGUUCCAGUCCUGAGGUCUGGGGCUCAGUAGGCCUUUCCACUCCUUUUCGGGCCUUCCCGGGGCCUCCGUGGCCUGCGUGCUAGAGGAUGUGUGUCCUGGGCAGGCGGCAGGGCCAGCGCGUCAGCCUUGCGCCCACGCCACGGCCACGCUUCUCGCCGCCGUGUUCUUACUUCUCAGUGCCCAACGAGGUCAGAGAGCUCCGGAUGGAGGCCCGAAGCAACAGCUCGGUGUCCCUGAACUGGACGGUCCCCGACGGCCCCCAGACUUCUAAUUACACCUACUGGGUCAGCUGCAGCUGGCCUGGAGGGGGCGGCCCAAUUCAGAAGCGCAUAGAGCAGACGGAGUAUGAAGUGGGGGGGCUCGAUGCCGCCACCCUGUACAAUUUCACAGUGCAGGCAGAGAGGAAUAAUGUCACCAGUUCUGGCCAGAGCAUCCAGGGGGCCACAGCGCCCAACAAGGUCAGAGAGCUCCGGAUGGAGGCCCGAAGCAACAGCUCGGUGUCCCUGCGCUGGACGGUCCCCGACGGCCCCCCGGCUGCCCACUACAUCUAUGAGGUCAGCUGGGGCAGGAAGGGGGUCCUGGGAGAGCCCGCCAGCACGAAGGACGAAUGGUUCACUGCGAGCCCCCUGGAGCCGGGAACCCAGUACGAAUUCAGGGUGGUCAGCACGAGCUACGGCGUCCCUGGCCCGGCCCAGACGCUCUACACGUUCACAGUCCCCAAUGAGGUCAGGAACCUGACGGUGAGCAGCCAGACCAACAAUUCCAUCAGCCUGGGCUGGGCAGAGCCGGAGGGCUCCGGCCAGCACUCAUACAACGUGUCCUGGCUCUCGGGCGAGUCCGAGAGGGACGUCUUGACCAACGGCACCCACUUCACCGCCGACAGCCUCACUCCCGGCACUUGGUACAAGUUCCUGGUGCGGUCCGAGACCGAGGACAAGGCCCAGAGUCCGGCCCGGGCAGUCAACGCCUCCACAGCCCCAGACCCCGUCACCAUCGUCUCCUGUGCCAGCACCGCCGGGGGCUACGGGGUGCUCCUGAGCCUGGCCUGCCCCGAGGGCAACCUCGAGGUCCUCGAGUUUGAGGUGGGCCACCGGCGAGGCACGUGGCCCGGCCCCUGUGACGGCUCCAGGACUGUUGGGGACCUCCAGCCGGCCCGCACCUACAAGGCCGUCCUGAGGAGCCUUUGGGCGGGGAUGGACGCCACCUCGGCGCCAGUGACCUGCUAUACGGAGAGUGGAGGGGUCAUUGCUGGCGCCGUCAUUGGAAUCCUCCUCCUUGGUCUUCUUGGGGGCUUGCUUGUCUUCUAUCUUCGAAGGAGUAAGAGGACAAAGUUGCUGGAGGAGCCUCAGACCCCACAUGCGGUCUUCAGCUCCCUGGGAGACAUCCCUGCAGAGAGUCUGGCCGCCCACAUUCAGAAGAAUCAGAAAGACAGCAACUACGGAUUUGCAGAGGAAUACCAGGUAUGGGGCGGCGGCGGGGUCACCGGCCACACCAUCCCUCAGCCCAGAGCUGAGCUGGGCCCCCUCCCCUUCCACGGUGUAUGAACCCCAAACACCCCCGAAAGAUGGCCCAGAGAGGGGGAAUGGAGGAAGAGGCACAGUGGACAGAGCACUGGGCCAGGAAUCAGAAAGUUCAGAUCCAGUCUC